UUUUCUGCUAGCCGGCGACGCUGGGCAUCAAAGGCCUUAGAGUCAAACUUCCGCCCAAAGAUCCCAACGACACGAGUGGCCCGGAUCUUCCGGGCUCUUCCGUGACCGCAAUUCCCGAGGUUAUAAGCAUAUUCAAUGCAUAUGUGCAAAACGAACUGCCCACGUACCUCAUGUACGUGCCAGAUAAAAGGCUUGUCGGCCGCAAUGAGGUCAAGAGGAUAUUCCGCAAGGAGAUCGCUUUGGUCACGGAGGAGGCUAUCCACAGCCGUCUUGUCGAAUUGAAGGAAUCAUGCCCUACAGCAGAGAGGGAGGACGCGAUCAGAGAUAUCGUCAAGGAUACUGUGAAGUUCGCUGUCUUCUCACACCGUUGGCUGGACAGCGGCGAACCCACCUUCUACGACAUCCUGAAAUCUUUUAAACCCUACGGUUAUGAAAAACUCAUGCAAUUUUGCGAGAAAGCCAAGGAGUUCGGGUGCCGAUUGGCAUGGUCUGAUACGUGUUGCAUCAACAAGGACAGCAGCACAGAGCUCGAAGAAGCCAUCCGGUCGAUGUUCAAGUGGUAUCGUGAUGCCUAUGUAUGCAUCGCAUACCUCUCUGAUAGCACGUCGUUGGAUGAUCUCCACGAAGAUGUAUGGUUCACCCGCGGGUGGACUCUGCAAGAGCUCCUUGCACCAUGGAGGAUGAAGUUUUACGUCAGAGAGUGGCAGCCGCUUACCAGCGACCUCAAUGACAAGGAAAAUUUAGAGGUCAUGGCUGCUCUCUCGCGCGCCACGAGGAUACCUCUCGACGACCUACGUCAUUUCCAACCAGGCACACGCAACGUCCAUCAGAAAAUGAUGUGGGCCUCUACUCGGACAACUACACGCAUCGAGGAUGUCGCUUACUCCCUCAUCGGAAUCUUCGACGUGAGCAUGAUGGUAGCAUAUGGAGAGGGAAAACGGGCGUUUUACAGGCUGAUGGAGGCGAUCAUCCACAAGUGCGAUGAAUGGCAGAUCUUUGCUUGGGCAGGAACAAGUUCGUCCGACAGUGCCGCAUUCCCAGAAUCGCCGAGAGGUUACCGUCCCCUCAAUCCAGUAGACAGCAACAACGCCCUUCUGCCAUCCACAGUGUGGCGCGGUGAUCAGAACAUCGUCAUGACCAAGCGCGGGUUGCAAAUUCAAGUGCUCCUUAUUGACUUGUCACAACAGGAGGUGACUGUUCACGAGAAGAUUGGGACUAAUGACGUCCAAACCGAUGCGUACUCCGACUAUUCUGCGGGAGUCGUGGACUACUGGUGCUACGACGCCAGUGGAGAUGGCAUUCUUCAGCCAGAGCAGGAGCAUCUCUGCGUGUUGCUUCGCCCUGACCCUCGUAACCCAUAUGCUGGUUGGCGCAAGGUUACGACACCUAACCUUGUGACAAUACGCACAAAGAGCAAGCUGCGGAAGACUCUGACGCCGGUUUGGCUGUAGGACAAGUCCAUGGCAUCACGGAUAGAUGAUCAACCUGUUUCCUGUACUACGGGCUACUCAGGGGGUACGACAUGACGGAUGCUGACAGUAGGACUUUGACCUGCAGAAAUAGAGCAAAUAGCUUUAUUCCUUUAUGUCUUCACGUCAUCGAAGUACAUUAUGGAUACAUUUCUUUUGAAUUCUCUUUUUG